AUGGCCAGCCUGAGGUCCAGCCGCCCCGGCUGCAUCCGGGCCGCGUUCAGCGCCCCCAGCACCCGGGCCAGCCUGCGCAGGAGGCAGAGGAACGCGCUCCAGCGCCUCAAGGUCAAUCACAGAAAGAGCUAUGCGGACUUCGUUGAAGGUAUCUGGAGAGAGUGGCUCUGGCGUCAGUUUUUAGAUCCCUAUGCGGGUUUGGAGGACGCCCCCGCCCACCUGGCCUGUGGCAUCAAGGACUGUUCUCCCGGCGACGUGACCUGCCACGGGCCUUCCCACACCCCAACGCCCAGGAGCCCCGGCGUCCACUCAGGAGACCCUCCCUCGUCAGAAGAUCCUGCGUCCCCAGGGGACGACGACGUGGACAUGCAGCCCGCAGAAAUGACGGAGGAGAACCGGGGACCCCUCCUCCCCCCCGGGGAGCCCCCGGAGGCAGGCCGGCGCGUGCAGGGCCGGGCCAGAGCGUCCCGGACGUCACCCGGACUCGGGAGUGAGAAGGACAAAGCGCCCAAGCUCGCGCUGUCCAAGAGGAAGCUGGAGCUGCUGCUGUCGGAGCCCGAGAAGAGGAAGCGGAGGAAGCAGCACGGGGCCUAG